AUGGCUAUUUUAGAAGCCAUUAAUAAAAUGAAAGAACUUCAAAUUAGAAACGUUACUAUUUUUUCGGACUCAAAAUCAGUUUUAACGGCGCUAAGUAAUAUCAGUCUGCAAAAUAGAAUCUCGCACCUAAUAUUCAAAAUUAAACACAGUAUCAAGGAGUUUAAUGAGAAUGGUGGUCAUAUUAGGCUAGUAUGGAUUCCUAGUCAUUGUGGGAUUAAUAGAAAUGAAAUGGCAGACAAGGCAGCUAAAGAAGCUCCGAAGCAAGGGAGGGAUUAUUAUAUCAACACCUCAAUCAGAGAUUUUAGUUCAAAAUGGAAGGAUGAAUUGUUUGAUCUUUUUUUCACAUGGUGCAAGGAUACAGGGAAAUGUAAAGCAAUAUGGUAUAUGAAAAACUGUCUUACAUCAAAUAGAGUUCCCUGGUUUCAGGAUUUCAACAUUUCGCGGGAGAGUGUGGUCUCCAUUUGCAGACUGAGAUGUGAUCACACUUCGCUGAAAGUCUUCACAGUGCGGUCGCUUCGAAAAGCAAAGGUCUCUGUUAAUAAAGCGAUUAUCGGGGGUGAUAGCAGUACUAACGUUUUCAAUCAGGUCUCUGCUUAG